AUGGCUCCUGGCAGUGGACGCGAUUUCAAUUGCUCCUGGGAAAAUUGUGGCAAAUCCUUUAAUCGCAAGUCUGAUCUCUGCCGUCAUUUUCGCAUCCACACCAAUGAGCGACCUUACCACUGCACCGUCAAGGAUUGCAAUAAAAGCUUCAUUCAGCGCAGCGCCUUGACUGUACACUCGCGGACUCAUACUGGCGAAAAACCGCAUGUCUGUGACCACGAGGGUUGCGAAAAGGCUUUCUCAGAUUCAUCCAGUCUAGCUCGCCAUCGCAGAAUCCACACGGGCAAACGUCCUUACAUUUGUCAAGAACCUGCUUGUGAAAGAAGCUUCUGUCGCAAAACCACUCUCACAAAACAUCAACACCGCUCCCACCCACCUGGAUCUUUAACCCGAACACAUUCAGAAGAUGCGACUUCAGAACACUCGUACCAGCACCGGCCCUCGACGGUAUCGAUCCCGAGUGGUGAUCAGUACCUCCUCGCCCAGCAACCCUACUACCCGCAAUCGGCGACACCAAACCAUGAAUUCUAUUCACCCCAGAGUGUGCAGAUGGGGGUGCCCGUACACGAUCCUUCCACUCCGACGAUCGUGACCUCCCCGAUCCAGGUGACCAUGCCUCAUGCGCAACACCAACACCAGCACCCACAGACCAUUCCGCAACAGCAGCAGCAAUAUCUCCAGAUGAUUCAGCAGCAACAGCAACAGCAACAGCAGCAGCAGCAACGUUACCAUCAAAUACCUCGCACGAACUACCUCCCGGAAUAUCACCAGCCCCAGCAACCUUACCCGGGCCAUCAGAUGCCAGAUGGACAGCCAGUCAUAGUGGGAUACAAUCCUAAUUUUCAGUAUAAGCCCCCAACCACCCGGAUUUUGAAUCAACCGGAGGGCACUGACUGGGGUUUUUUGGGCGUAGGCUAG